UGCUCCAACUGCAAUACGACCAAGACCCCGCUUUGGCGCCGCGAUCCUGAUGGCAGUCCACUAUGCAAUGCUUGCGGACUGUUCUACAAGCUUCACGGCGUGGUGCGACCGUUGUCACUUAAGACGGAUGUGAUCAAGAAGCGCAACCGC